AUGUCCUCGAUCUAUCAAGGGAGUAUCACUGCAGAAGGAUGGCUAGAAAACCAAAUUCAGCCAGAGGACAGGAUCCUUUCCUCCAAGACUGACGAGGUGUGCUAUAUUUGUAAGACUCCCGGAAAUCUUCUAUUGUGCGAUGGUCCUUGUAGAAGAGCUUUCCAUUUCCGUUGCUUGAAACUGCGUAAGGCAGAUGUUGGUGAUGGUGAUUGGUUUUGUGAUGAUUGCUUGACUCAUAACCCUAUUGAACAUUCCGUGUACGAUAAACCCAAAGAAAACGAUAGUUCCUUGCUCCAGGGGAAUUCUAAACGUAUCUACUCCUAUUUGCAUGAUUCUGUUUAUUCUCUAUUCAGCCAGGAACACGUCUCUGUCUAUGCUGCUACCCAGCUAAUCAUGAUUCUCUCUGAGAUUUCUCACUCAGCCACAUAUCCGCUCUGUUCUUCGGUAUAUCGCCUUCUCCACUACUCCAUCGAUCAUCUCGUCUCGGAGCUGGACAAGCCCGUAUCGCUGUCUUCAUUCGACGAUUUCCAAAACUGUUUUGACUUAAUCCAACUUCUGUAG